AUGAUUUCAGUUGAGGUUGCUAUUGGAAUCAAUGGACUGCACCAAGUGGAUUUUGGUGGUGCAAGCUGUGUUGAGGUCGAGGACGAGGUUACUCGUCGGUCUAACUCGGGGACCCCCGUGGGAGGCAGCCCAGACAUUUCGAUGUGGUCACACUGA